AAACCACCCUUUGUAGAUCUAUUAUCUAUGGGCCAAACUCAUUAGAGAAUGUAAGCUGUAAGCUAUAGUCAUAGAUAAUAGAUCUACAAAGGGUAAUAGUGGCUAUAGUGAUAUCUAUGGAGAAUGGUUAAGGAAUCGUAGAAAAUUGAGGCACGUUUCUAAUUAUUGGGAAUAUUAACAAUUUAGGAUAGUUGAUAGUAACCUGAAAGCAUCCUAGGUCCUUAUACAUUGAAAUACCUAUAAUGGCUGAUGAAAUUGUCGAAAAAAUAUCAAAAAAGUGAGUUAAAUACACAGUGUGAGCUUGUAAAAUGUUGGAUUAAUUUAUUUCAUGUAAUAUGUUACGAUUACUACAGAAAUCUGGUAUUGGUAACAAGAUUAUCUAUUUAUCGCGAAGUUUAAAAAGUGAACUGAAGCGAAGACUUAAAGCCGAAAAUAAGAGCAAAGAAAAAGCUGAAAAGAGUAACGAAAGUGGUCAAAGAUCCUUAAAAGGUCUUCCUAAAUCUGAAGAUGAAAACAUUUCACCAAAUGAGUAUUUCCGACUUAGAAUGCAGAUGAUAUCUAAAUUAAAAGAUGUAGGUGGAGAUCAGCAUCCCUAUCCUCAUAAGUUUCAUGUUUCUAUUUCAUUAGAAGACUUUAUAGCCAAAUAUACUAGUUUACAAGUCGGAGAAAUUGUUGAAAAUGGCAUUGAAAGCCUUGCUGGUCGUAUUCAUUCUAUCCGAGCAUCAGGUGCUAAGUUAAUUUUCUAUGAUCUUCGUGGAGAGGGUGUAAAACUGCAAGUUAUGGCAACAUUAAAUUAUUAUGAACCACAAGAGAAUUUCUCAGAUGAUAUUGAAAAAAUCAGAAGAGGUGAUAUAGUUGGUAUUACAGGAUUACCUGCCAAAACAAAGAAGGGUGAAUUGUCAAUAAUCCCAAAGAAAAUAAAGCUACUUUCACCUUGUCUGCAUAUGUUGCCACAUUUACACUAUGGUUUAAAAGACAAAGAAACAAGGUUUAGGCAAAGAUACUUAGAUAUAAUUAUUAAUUCAAAUGUGAGAAACAUUUUUCAGACAAGGGCAAAAAUUAUUGCUUACAUCAGAAGGUUCUUUGAUGAGUUGGGAUUUCUUGAAAUUGAAACACCAAUGAUGAAUGUAAUAGCUGGAGGUGCAGCUGCAAAACCUUUUAUAACAUACCAUAAUGAUUUGAAUUUGAAAUUGUAUAUGCGAGUUGCACCUGAAUUGUAUCAUAAAAUGUUAGUUGUUGGAGGGUUUGAUAGAGUAUAUGAAAUUGGUCGCCAAUUUAGGAACAAAGGUAUAGAUUUAACUCAUAAUCCUGAAUUUACAACAUGUGAGUUUUAUAUGGCAUAUGCUGAUUACAAUGAUGUAAUGACUAUUACUGAAAAAUUACUUUCUGGAUUGGUAUACAGUAUUUGUGGAUCAUAUAAAAUCAAGUAUCACCCAGAUGGGUUGGAAGGUGAUGAAGUGGAAAUUGACUUUACACCUCCUUUUAAAAGAAUAUCUAUGCUUCCAACUAUAGAAAAAGCACUAAAUGUUAAACUUCCUGCUCCAGAUCAAUUAUCAACUUCUGAAUCUACCAAAUUUUUAAGUGAUUUAUGUAACCAGCACGAAGUGGAAUGUGCUUUGCCAAGAACAUCAGCAAGACUACUAGAUAAAUUAGUAGGUAAAUUUAUUGAAGAAUUUUGUAUUAACCCAACAUUUAUUAUUGACCAUCCGCAAGUAAUGAGUCCUCUGGCUAAAUGGCAUCGUUCUUCAUGUGGACUAACUGAGAGAUUUGAAUUGUUUGUAAUGAAAAAGGAAAUAUGCAAUGCGUACACCGAAUUAAAUGAUCCAGUUGUUCAAAGGGAAAGGUUUGAACAGCAAGCUAAGGAUAAGGCAUGUGGCGAUGAUGAAGCUCAGUUAAUUGAUGAAAACUUUUGUACUGCAUUAGAAUAUGGUUUGCCUCCAACAGGUGGAUGGGGUUUGGGGAUCGAUAGAUUAACUAUGUUUCUAACUGAUAACAACAACAUAAAGGAAGUAUUGCUAUUCCCUGCAAUGAAGCCUGAUGAUCAAAAUAAAAAAGAAACAACUUUUGCUGAUUUAAAUGGAGGUACUUGCAGCAAUUGAAAUGUUACUGUAAUGGAAAUACAUUUCUUAUUAAAAUUUGUCUUGAAUCUUGUCACUAAUAAACUGUUUUUAAUAUU